ACCGCAUUGACAGUUUGAAGGAAACUAAUUUUGCUGCUGGCAGACGCCAGCCAAAGUGAGUUAAACUUAAAACAAAUUCUCAUUUUCUUGGUUUCUUUUAUUCUGUUCAACACUUUGCAAAAUGAUGAAGAAACAGUUUACCCGUAUGUUGCACCUAGCUAGCCCCAGCACAGGCAGAAACCAAGAGAAGUCAGAACUACUGAGUGAGGAUUUGGUGCAGGUUGAACAAAGAAUUGAACCAGUAAGAAGGGCCUCCUUAAGCAUCCAUAAGAGACUGCUGGCAUGUCUACAGGGACAGCAAGGCACUGACAUGGACAAACGACUGAAAAAGCUGCCCCUGAUGACCCUUUCAACAGCCAUGGCUGAGAGUCUUACAGACAUUGACAAUGAUUGCAGUAUCCGUAAAAACCUGGAGAUAUGCUGUUACAUUGAGAAGACUCUUGCUAAGGAACUGGCACAGUUUGAGAUAUCUCUAGAGGGAACUGUAUUAAAUCCUCUUUUCAAACUUGGAGAGGAGGACUUGCCAAACAUCUUAAAACACAAGAAGCAGCUUGCUAAACAUAUGGCAGACUGGAACAAUGUAAAGACAAGGUUAAGUCAAGCUCACAGAAAUGCUGCCAGUGGAACUGGAGCAGGAAACACUGCUGCAAAACUUGAUUUGCUAAAGGAGGAGGAAGACGAGAUACGGAGGAAGGUGGAGCAGUGUAGGGAUGAAUACUCUGCUGAUCUCUACCACUUCUCCACCAAAGAAGAUGACUAUGCCAGCUAUUUUAUCACUCUCCUAGAACUUCAAGCUGAAUAUCACAGAAAUUCAUUAAAAGAACUGGAAUCCAUGCUCGUGGAAAUUAAAGAAAACACCAGCAAUACAACAGAGUCCAUUGAAAGCUUUAAUUCAAUAGGGGUUUAUGGCGUAGCCCUUGGAGAGCAUCUUGAAACCAGCAAGCUGGAGAUUGCACUUCCCAUCGAGGCCUGUGUCUUAAUGCUGUUGGCAAAAGGCAUGAAGGAAGAGGGACUAUUCCGAUUGGCUGCUGGAGCAUCUCUCCUAAGGAGGUUGAAAAAAAGACUAGACUGUGGACGGAUUGAUAUGGAAGAGUUUUACUCAGAUCCACAUGCUGUAGCAGGUGCACUGAAAUCCUACCUGCGGGAACUACCUGAACCUUUGCUAACCACUGAGCUGUAUGAUGAAUGGUUUACAGCAGCCAGUGAAAAGGAUCCUGAAAGAAAGCUGGAAAAACUGCAGAGCAUUUGCCAUAAACUUCCAAAGGAGAAUUAUACAAAUUUCAGGUAUUUGAUAAAGUUUUUCGCAAAACUAGCUGAACACCAGGAAGUGAAUAAGAUGUCUCCAAGCAACAUUGCCAUUGUUUUGGGACCAAACCUACUGUGGCCUAAGAGAGAAGGGGAUGCGGCUGCCAUGGACAUGGCCUCAGCUUCAUCUGUACAGGUGGUGUCAGUCAUCGAACCCAUCAUUUUACAUGCAUCUACAAUCUUCCCUGGAGAUAUUGACUUUAAUGUGUCCGGCAAGUUCACACCACCACCAGAUGUAUGUGACUCAGAAGGAAGUCUUAUCAAUGGUGAUGCUGCUUCUGAAGAAAAAGUACCCCCUGCAGUAACUGUCAACAGGGUACCCUCUUUUGCAAGAGAAGGACUUACCAAAUCAAACAGUGCUUCAUGUCUUGUUGAUGGAUCCCAGCCAAAGGUGAAGGAAUUAGUCAACACUGUGCCUUCAUCUCCACCACCUAAUAAUCCAAAUCUGAGCACAGCUACAGCAGGAAAGAGACAAGCACCUACUGUGCCAGCAAAUAGCCCUGCCCUGCAGCUAGCAACCUCCCCAGCUUCAGAUAUUUCUGAUGUCCAACAAGGAAAAAUUCCUUCAGUUCGUAAAACACAAGCAAGCAAUGUAAAACCCCCAGGUGUGCCACCACCUCUGCCCCCUCAGCCAACUUUAAGGAGAAAAAGUGUCAAAACUGCACCCUCACCUCCUGGUACAGCUGCAUCAAGCAGACCAGAAAACAUUGCUUUGGCUGAUGAUGCCAAAGAGCUACAUUUGGAGACAAGCAGUACACUAUCACAACAAAGUAUACCAGAAGAUAAGGAAGUGGACAGUAGCAGAGUAACAGGGCCUACUAUAAACAUGCCACAUCCAGUGCCACGGCCACGAAUAAGACAGUCAUCUACAGACAACUGAUAAGCAAUGACAGCAGCUUCUGUACAAAAUACUACUGGAAGAAGACAUUCCAUCUGAAAUCCAAAUGCCAAUGUGCAGAGUGCUUAUCAUGUUUAAUGGUUCAAGAAUAUAGUUAGGCAAGCUUUUGCAUCUCUUUGAAAAAAAAGGCAGUGUGAAAUGGUUAUUAUUUGGGCUGACUUUGGCUUAUGGUCUUUACUUUGACUGUAAAAUAUCCAUACCCUUGAAAAUUGGUGAAAUUAAUUCAUGAGGUCUCGUUUCUAUUUCAGGCCACGAUUUUUCAAAUGCAGGUUGUUACCAUAGUACUGGAACCAUUCUAGGAUGUAUGUAAUAAUGAGACUGAUAUAAUGCUGCAGCAUGACAUUGUAGGAGGCCAAUAUAGAGCACCUGAGAAGAACAAUCUCUCAGAACUAGGUGAUGCUGCACGUAAACAAAUUACUGUUAAGGAAUCAUACUUUAAACUGUGAGAAGAGAAAGGAGUAAACAUCAGGUAUUCUUCAUUCUCCCUUACUAUCAGGUUAAAAAAUAGAAAGCCAGAUUCUUUGCCUGCUGGAUGAUUGGGACUUUAGUUUCAAGCAGCGUGGGUUAUGGAAUUCUCAACCAUUGCAUAACCAUAAGAUCUUACCAUAUGUCAAUUUUUCCAGAAUAAAGCAACUCAAGCACAAGCAAUCCCCAUAUAUGAGGCAACAUGCAUGAGGCGUGGAGGUCAUUCUUUAGCGACUCAUCCUUCUCUGGCCAUGUGGUGUAAAACAUAACACCAAUCCAGGAUUAAUGGUGUACACUGCAUACACUCCAGAGUUAGUGGAGUAAUUCACAUCUCAUGUGGAUGCAGUAAGGCAUACCCUGUAUGAGAUAUGAGAACAUAACAGGACAGAAAAUGAUACAACCACAAAAAUAAAUAAGUACGUAAUAGAGAGUACAGGUUAAAGAAUGUUAUUCCCUUGAAUAGGUGCUGCAGUUCUGUAGAAUAAACAAAAAGACCAAAAUGAUUCUAUAGUCAGUGCACAUCAGACCAGACGACAGAAUUGUGUUAUCACAAAGCACAGAAUGAUGAUUUUAGAUUUACUUAACAGUAAACCUCAGUGGAGAAAGUGCCCAUUUGAAUGUAAAUGUUCAGUAUUUCAUUCUAGUUUACCAAGAUGAACUUGUUUAAGAUAGCAGUCCGUCUUUUUGCAGUUGGUCUCAUGAGGACCUUGUUCAGGGUUCAUGGGAUAAACUCAAGCAGGUUUUCACGCCUGUCUGCGCUAAGUGAUAAACUCAGACUGUGACUUAAAAUCACCUGUGGUAAUUAAUAAUAUAUAGUUGGGUCAGGUUACUCCAUACCAUACGCUAUUAUAUGUUUUGCUUUUCCUAUGAGAUUGUAUAAUGCACUGUUUAUAUUAUAAUGUCACACUGUGCAUGUUUAUUGCAUCUUUCUCAGAAAACUCCUUUUCUACUGCUAUAAAAACAGGAACAAAGUAGAUUACUGCUUCAUGAAGUAUAUCUGAACAUUUUCAAAGCAGCAGAUGCUAUGGAUUUCACCCUAUAGUCCUAAGUUUUAUUCUCUCCAUAUCUUCUUGCAAGCUUUGUGAGUCCAAGCAAGUUACUGAAGUAAACAGUUGUCUCUACAAGCAUGUGUCUGCACAGAGUGGGCUUAUUUGGUUAUCACACAAAUAAAGUAAGUAUUAAAAUGAAUAUGGCAAUGGAUGGAAUGUAGACAACAAGGAGCUUAAAGAUCACUGUCACAGGACACAGAGAGAGAGAAACAGUAUGAAUUAGUAAUUAAUCAUAGCUGCAUGGUUUCUUAUAGUGAUAAUGUAAGUCACAUCCAGGGUGUAUAUAAAAGCAAACAGAAGACAUUGGGAAUGGUAGAGUUUGUAUGCAGGCAUUUCUGAACUGAUACACAGAGUAACAGAAUUCAUAUAUGGGGAACUGAUGUGACAAAGUGAGGUAAAAUAGUACAGGACAGCAAAAAUAAUCUAACAAUCAGGAAAUAAGACAUAGAAGGAGAAAUGACAAUAUCUGCCUUUGUGUAGUUUUGAAAAAAAAAAAACAGGCAAAGGAUGGCAUAAUGUAACAUUCCUGUAGACAUUAGCAGAAAAGAAAAUCCUUCAUUUCCUUUGACUUUCAUAGUGCAGAAAGACUUCUCCUCUAAAUAAAACAAGGUGCAAUUAAGGCAUUUACAACUGCACUUACACUGAAGGAAAAAUGGAUAAUAGAACAAUACCAAAGGAAGCAAUACUGACACAAGUAAAGCAAGCCUACUGUUUGUACUUUUCAUCUGGAUCACUGGAAAACAUGUACCAAAAAUAAAAUGAGCAGUACAUAAUAGGGUCAAUGCAAAGUAUUAGUUUGGAUGACCAGAGUGAAUAUGACUAAGCAUCUUUUUUAAUCAUUGUUAUUUUCUGUAAAUGUGCACAUUCAAAGAAAAGGAUAUGGUGAAACUGCAGUCCUUGGAUAACAAAACUAAUUAGAUCUGGUGUGAUGCAAUAGAAAACUCUUGAUAGUAAGGCUCACUUUCCAUUUGCAACAAUGAAUGGCCAAUGUUUCACCUUUGAUGGUAUUAGUAUAUCGCUGAUGCAGUAUGAAAUUUCCAAACAUUUUUUAAAAAUUAUAUAUUUUUUCAUUUUGUUUUCUUCAUCUGUAUUAUAUUGAAUUGUUCUGGUAAUAGAUAGUUUACAUGUUAGUGUGAAGAGUUUGUCAAACAGAGGACUCUGAAUUCUGUAAAUUUUUGAUUGCCUAUAUAUGAACAAAUCAGAAUGUAGUAUGCACACAGGAAAUCCUGUUAAUCUAUGUUUUUUCUUGAACAUGAAUGAGGCAUUUUCACUCUGUAGUAGACUGAUUCCAGGCUUCACAGAGUAAGCUAAAUGAAAGGCCGCAGUCUGAAACUAUACUGUGUUUUAUUGAAACAUUUUUUAUAAAUAAUAUUUUGGGAGAUGUCCUGUGUUUUGUCAAUGCUGUAUAAAUAAUUUAAAAUAAAACAAAGGGUGAAACUUCA